GCGCACAACCCAUCCAAAUUCCAGCCCCCGCUCCCCUCCCCUCCCCGCCAUCCAUUCAUUCAUCCCGUCUUGGCCAUGGCGCCAUUGCAGGCACCAACCGCCGCUCCCGCUUCCGCCUCCGCCUUCCUCUUCCUCACCCCACCGCGGAGGCGGACCCACCUCAAGCCCAAGCCCAGGGCAACCGCCACCAUCCUCUGCUCCUCCGCCACCGCAGGCACAGGCUCGCCCUCCCUCUCGGAGCAGCUCCAGCCGCUCUCCCGCACGCUCCUCCACGACAAGCCCACGCCGACUACCGACCGCCCCACCCCGGAGCCCACCUGGGUCAACCCCUCCAAGCCCAAGCCCACCGUCCUCUCUCUCCGCCGCCACCGCCGCCGCUCCCCUUCAGCCCAUCCCUCCUCCGCCCCGCUCCAGCCGCUCCUCCGCGCCAUCCGCGCGCUCCCGGAGGACGCCGACCUUGCCGCCACCCUCGACACCUUCUUCCCCAUGGGCUCCCCGCCCUCCCUCUCCGACGCCCUCCUCCUCCUCAACUACCUCCACCCCUCAUGGCGCAAGUCCCUCUCCCUCCUUCACUGGCUCCGUGCGCUCCCCGAUGGCGCCUUCCCGCUCGACACCAUCUUCUUCAACGUCGCGCUCAAGUCCCUUCGCGCCGCGCGCCAGUGGCCCCACGCCGAGCGCCUCGCGCUCGACAUGCUCGACGCCGGCGUGCCACUCGACAACAUCACCUACUCCACCCUCAUCACCGCUGCCCGCCGAUGCCGCCAGUUCGCCAAGGCCGUCCAGUGGUUCGAGCGCAUGUACGCCGCAGACGGCGUCCUCCCCGACGAGGUCACCUACUCCGCAGUGCUCGAUGUCUACGCCCAGCUCGGCAUGAAGGAGGAGGUGCUCGCGCUCUUCGACCGCGCGAGGGGCAGUGGCUGGAAGCCCGACCACGUCGCCUUCGCUGUCCUAGCCAAGAUGUUCGGCGAGGCCGGUGACUACGAGGGCAUCCAGUUCGUCUUCAAGGAGAUGCGGGAGGUCGGCGUCAAGCCCAACAUCUUCGUCUAUAACGCGCUGCUUGAGGCGCUGGGCAAGACCGGCAAGCCCGGCCUCGCUCGCAACUUGUUCGAGGAAAUGACCGCCGAGGGUGUCGAGCCCAACGCGCGCACGCUCACCGCGCUAGCCAAGAUCUAUGGGAGGGCGCGUUGGGGGCGUGACGCCCUCCAGCUCUGGGAGCAGAUGAGGGAGAAGAAACUGCCCGCCGAUAACAUCCUGUGCAAUACGCUGCUGAGCAUGUGCGCCGAUGUAGGGCUGGUGGCCGAAGCCGAGCAGCUGUUCAAUGAGAUGAAGGAUACAGAAUGCCGUGACGUCCCGAUGCCGGACAAGUGGAGCUACACGGCCAUGAUCAACAUCCACGGGAGCAACGGGGACGCUGACCGUGCGCUCCAGCUGUUUGCGGAGAUGCUAGAGGGCGGGAUAGAGCCCAACAUAAUGAGCUACACCAUCGUGAUUCAAUGCCUGGGGAAGGCACAGAGGAUACAGCACGCAGUGGAGGUGCUUGAGGCGGGGCUGGAGAGGGGUCUCAAGCCUGAUGACCGGCUGUGCGGGUGCUUGCUCUCUGUUGUGGCUCUGAGCGGCGACGAGGAGAUGGAAAUGGUGCUUGCUUCCCUGGAAAGGGUCAAUAAAAACUUGGUCAAGCUGAUCAGAAUGCUCGGCGAUGCCCAGGUGGGUGUUGACGAUCUUAAGGCAGAGUUAAAGGGCAUAUUGAACGCUGCAGCCCCUGAAGUUCGCCGGCCUUACUGUAACUGUUUGAUCGACAUAUGCCAGAACCAUGGCUUCCCUCCUCAGAGGGCAAGAGAAGUCUUCCAUCUUGCCCAGACCUAUGGUUUGUACUCCAAGCUUCAUAGCAGAAAGGAUGAAGAGUGGUCGCUGGACCUGCGGUCGCUCUCAGUUGGUGCAGCCAAGACAGCAUUCGACGAUUGGAUGAAGACCGUCUCAGAGCGCUUGGUGCAGCAAAAGGCUUUGCCAGAGUCCUUCAGCGUGUACACUGGGUCCAGCACCCACAAGUUCGCGCAGGGGCUGGCAAGUGCUUUCGCCGCUCAUCUUGAGCAAAUGGCGGUGCCAUUCCGUCCAAGUGAGUCUCAUGUCGGCAGCUUCAUCAGUUCAAGGGAUGAUCUGGUCUCAUGGUUGCAGAUGAACAGUUCAUCAACGGUUGUUGCCGGAUGACUGAACAUAGUUGCUAUGGGUUCAGUUGUUGAAUGCUCCGAAAGAAGGAUGAAUGAGGAAACUGGAUGGUGUUGGAUUCAUGAUCCGCUCUACACACUCCAUGCUAAUGCAUUGGUUGACAUUAUAGUUUGUAGGAAGAGAACUGGAAUGCAUAUCGUUACAGAACUUCCAUGAGUUACAAAGUUAGCAGGGAGGUGUAGGCACCCUGAAAAUAAUUGGGCGGUUCUUCAAGCUUAGAAUGAUGGUUUUGUAUCUGAAAUUUGAAUGCCACAUCUCGAAUACUAUUAUCUCGAUGAAGGCAUUGUAUAUUUUUGAACAAUUUUUUCCUUCUUGCGCACAUUGAGUUAACUUGGCUGUUAACAUACUGCUUUCAAACUGUUGAAAUUUAGUAGGGAUCUAAUUCGUCUC